AUGAUAACCGUUGAAUUUGGCAUGGAUACCGUUGGACCUGGCAUAGAUAACGAGGAAUUUUGCAUGGAUAUUGCUAAAUUUGGCAUGGGUACUGAUAUUUUGCACGACACCAUUGGAUUUGGCAUGGAUAAUGGCGGAUUCACCAUGGAUAUCGAUGGAUAUAGUGUGGAAACCAAUGGAUUUAAUAUUAAUAUUAAUAUUGAUUUAAUAUUAAUAAAUAGAUAUACCAAUAGAUAUCAUCAAAUCAAUUUUAAAUUUUCAAUAUUUUCAAUAUUUUUUUAG